AUGUCAGCUGAGCAGCAUUUGGUCUCUGAUUUUACGGAGGGGUCCGGUUCUUGGCCGCCGGCUCCUCAGGGCUUUGACACACUUCUUGUGCAUGGUGGUGUGCGGCCAGACCCUGUGACUGGGGCGGUGUUGACGCCAGUGUAUCAAAGCACCACGUUUGUGCAGGAGUCUAUUGAGCUCUACCAACGGCGAGGCUACAGUUACACUCGCUCUGCUAACCCGACGGUGUCGGCGUUGGAGAAACGACUUUGCGCCAUAGAAAACGGCGUUUAUGCUACGUUGUACAGCACCGGCAUGUCAGCGACAACCACGGCUAUUUCUUCUUUCAUGAGUGCUGGUGAUCAUGCGAUUGUUACGGAUUGCAGUUACGGCGGAACGAACCGUGCCUGCCGUGUGUUUUUUUCGCGGCUUGGCAUGGAGUUUACGUUCGUUGAUAUGCGCGACGUAAGAAUGUUGAGGCCGCAAUAA